CGCGCUUCGUUCCCCAGGAAAAUUAAUUAAUUAAUUCCUGGGACCCAUUUCUGUUAGCAGGAAACGUCAAUGAAUCUAAAGAAACGUUUCCGGAAGAUUCGUCCUUAUAAAUAUGUGACGAAAGUGGUUGUGUGCGAGGCCAUCACAAAGCUUCAGUGGUCUGGUGCUUCAUCCGUCUUACAACCCGGAUCUCACUCUUUCAACUACCAUCUUUUGGUCUCUUGAAAGAUGCAAUCCGUAGAAAGAAGUUUCAUGGCGACAAGGAAUAUAUAUUGAAUACAAUGUAGCAAUUUAUACAGCCCAUCAUAUAUACCUGGUGAUGGGCCUAUGUGACUGCAAAAUGUUUGCAGAAUGAGCAGUAUGCCCAGCUUGUUGUCAUUCGAUGACCUGUUUGGAAUCGGUCCGUUCCCUAUUGGUGAUGAAGACGCAGUAGCGAAUGGCCUGGAAAACUAUGCUGACUGUAUGGACAGUCAGUCAUCUGAUAUGGAAGAUAAUAAUUUGGUCUGUAAUGCAUCAGAGGAAAGGAAGCAGUCACCAGUAUUUGAAGAGUUGUGUGACUUCACAGUUGCGAGUGAUUAUUCAGACAGCACCCUACCACCUGCCUGUGUAGAGAAGAUGCAUAAGGGCAAGAUAAUAAAGCUGAAGGAAGAGCAGCUAGAUCUGCAGUGUGGAUGGAGGGACUGUGAUUACCGCACCAGCAAUCUUGACCAAUUUGUGCGCCACGUCAGCUUUCACUUACCACACCUAGAGGUCAAACUGAACAAGGAUCAGGAAGGUGUAUAUGUGUGUCUGUGGGAGAAGUGUGGUUUCGAAUCUGCAGACUCCAGUGAGAUAACAAGACAUGUCAAUUUCCAUUCAUACCAUACCAAAUUAAAAUGCAUUGGGUCAAAUAUUUUGGCUCGUUCAGGACUACCAAUUUGCAAGUUGCAAGUUGCUGGGAAGAAAGUCGUGCCAGAUUUGCCAUUUGCAUUUGAAUGCUGCUGGGAAACCUGUGAGGAAACAUUCAACAGUCCACAGCUGUACUUCAACCAUGUUUACAUGCAUGUCUAUUGGAUCCCACGUGGUAGAAAUGUGAAAGGCGGGUUUCCUUGCCCAUGGCGUGGUUGCAUGUCCAAGUCUACCUACCGAACGGUAUUCAAGCUGUUAGACCACAUUAGAAUCCAUACAAAGGAGAAACUUGUGGGAUGUCCACAGUGUGGUGGGCUCUUUGCAAGCAGGACAAGAUUCGGUUACCACUGCAAGAGUCAGGUUCCCUUAGAAUUGCGAUGUCCGUCUGGGGAACUGGUGAAGAACCAAAUGAAUAAGCAACACCACAAAUGCCCCUUCUGCAGCCGGUCUUUCUCCUCUCCAUCAAGCCUUAGUUUGCACAUUCGGUACAGGCACCAGGAUAGCAAGCCAUUCAGAUGCAGCUUUUGUGAAUACGGAGCCAAGACACACCAUGAUCUGAAGGUGCACUUGAAUAAACACCGCCCUGACCCACUUUACCACUGUGUGGAAGAUCAAUGCAAUUUCUCAUGUCGUAGCGCUUACGGACUUCAGAGACAUUGUAACAAGUACCACCUUGGAUGUGAUCUGCUGCAGUACUGCUGCCACAUAUGUGACAGCCUGUUCGAACGUGGCUCCCAGCUGACGAAGCACCUUCGUAUUCAGCACAGCGUCUGCAGGCCCCCAGGCCACUGCAGAUUCAGGUACAAGCGAGAUGAGGAUGGCUUCUUCCGGCUUCUAACAGCGGACACUACACCCAAGAAAUUGAUCGGGAAAGCCAGCCAACCACUGUGCGUCAAAGAAGAUGAUCUCCUGAAACAGGAGGCUGAAGGCAGGAUUAUGAUGUCUAUUAUAGAAUAUGAUUACGGGGGGAGUGUUGUCGCCAGGGAAGAUAUAGAGACGACAGAACUACAUAGCUUGCCCCAAGGAAAUUUUAAAAUCAUAGAUGCUUUAUGUUUUACAGUGUGAACUAUUUGUUCCAAUUAUGUUGUAAAUUGUGUAAUUGAAUCUCAUAGUUGUUGUUCUUUUUAUGCAUGUCUAUUAAUAUAUCACAGUUCUUCUGUUUUCUGUAUUUGAAUCAGUUCCUUUUUGGCCAGAUCAUUUAUUGUCUUAUAAUCUAUGC